UCAGUCACCCCACCUGUUCACCAGAGCGUAUCUCCCUAAAACCGGCGAAUCUAUUCAUCGCCCGUUUGUUUAUUCACAUACUCGCAUUAGUUGUAACUAUAUCGCUUUGACCACAUUUCUCCGUGUCAGAUAACCUGUAGAAUCUCGUGCCCUUUUAUGAAAGAAUACUCAUAAAUUAAAUUUACCAUGUGCAAAAACGACAGUGCUAAAGUGUUAUUUGGAUGUUUUAAUACAAUAUUUUUUGCAUGUGGAUUCUUGGAAGUGAUAUGUGGUUUUCUACUGCUGUGUGACUCUAAAAGAAUACUAUUGUCCCGUCUACUGGCGGCUCCUGAUGAUGACUUGUUGACUCAUCCUCCAUUCUACUAUCUGGCCCUCGCCCUGCUAGCCGCCGGACUGGCUAUGUGCGGUGUGGGAGCCCUGGGUUGCUGGGCCACUUAUAUGCCAAGUUAUGCUGUCCUUACUAUUUACUUCCUGGUGGUCCUGGCGAUGCUGCUGUGUGAGUGCGCGGGCGGAGUGCUGGCCGCGAUCUGGCCGCGCUGCCUCGGCCUGCAGAGCUCGCGCGGCGGCGCUGUCGGAGCCCUGCAGACCUACUACGCCUUGCCCGACUUCGAACACUUCACUGCCGCCGUGGACUUAGCACAAACUGAACUGCAAUGCUGCGGUAUGACCGACGCACGGAACUACGACAUGUCUAUCUGGCAGCUGCGGCGACUGGGCCCGCGCGGCAUGUCGGUGCCGCUGAGCUGCUGUGUGCAGUACGAAGACAACGUGUCUUACCUCAACCCCGCGCCGGUCAACGCGUCGCGGUGCCAGGAAGUACAGCCCAACCCGACGUUUAGAUAUGUCCCAGGCUGUUUAGUACCACUAGAAGACUGGUACCAACAACAGUACUUAAUCCUAAUGCUUGGUCUAUUCGUCGUAGCUCUCUUCAAACUGGGAGUACUGCUAAGCACAAUAUUUUCGUGCAUUCGACUCAGGAGGCGUAAGCAAAUAUUACAAGCAUUCUCACUGAAGUCUUUAGACAGUAACACGAGCGAGAACGUUUAUGAAUGUAAACUCGGGGCGGUACACGAGGAACCGAUUACUGCCAAGUACAUUCAACCGAAUAACUUCUACAGCCCAAGAAUACGUAACCCUAGGAUUUUUCAGAACAAACCUAAUGAGGUCGUAUGAGAAUUAGCAACGGAGAUAAAUGCUUUAGAGAGAAAGUUGGAAAAGUUUUCAGAUUAUUUGUAUAAGCACCAAGCUGACUCUAUCAUGUGGUGAUCAGAUUAUCAGCUGAAAUAAAAAUGUAUUGCCAGCUCUAUCUCGUUUUUGGAGAAGUCUGUCAAAAAUAAUAAAGUACGAUAAGUGUGCCAUAACUUGUCCAGGAAUAUUUAUAAGAGUAAAACAUUCCUUUAAUUUCAUUUCUUUUCUAAAGUAUUUUCUCCGGUUAUAUACUAUGAUAUAACUUCGUGUUCACUUAGUUUAUAAGGUUAGAAAUAAAUAAAACACAUUCACUCAA